CAGGAGGUGAUGGCACCAUUUCCUGGUGCUGCUGGGAAACACUGGGAACACUCAGUGUCCUGAGUUGUCACCUGCAUCCUGAGCUUUGUGUCUCACAGCAAACAGCCCAUGAGAUCCUCCUGAAGGGAGCAGCCCGGGAUGUGCCCAUGUUUGUGGAGGGAGGAGUUCCCCUGGACGUGCCCGUGGAGUCCUUGGCUGUGACAUCUCCGCAGGGAGCACCGAAUAAAGAGCCAAAAGAAYCUGUGAGAUCCCUUCUCCUGCUCCUGGAGUACGUGGAGGGCUCAGCAGAGCCAGCCAGGGCAGAGAUCACAGUCGGGGCCAUGCAAACUCGUCUGCUGGAAGCCAAGAAGGCCGUGGAGUUCAGGCUGGAGCCGGUGGCGGAGCUGGAGCGGGCGGGGCUGGCGCUGGAGCCCGGCCCCGCGGGAGCGCUGGAGCGCGGGCAGCGCAAGAGCAUCGGCGUCUCGUGGGUGCCCCCUGCCGGCCUGCAG